AUGUCGGGAACGGGUGAUCCCUUGCUGGAUAAGCAACAGCACAUCAAGUAUUGGCAGCGCUGUCAUAAAACAUAUCUCCCGUCCCCUUACACAGCCUACGACUCGACCCGCCUUACUUUCGCUUGCUUCACCAUCUCAGCGCUUGACCUUCUCUCUGUUCCGCUCACCCAUACUGAACGUGCUGCUAUCCGUCGGUGGGUUCUCAGUCUGCAGCAUCCAGAAGGUGGCUUUUGUGGAAGUUCAACGCACGCAUUACCAGCUCAAGAAGCAUACAAGGGCACAGCAAAUAUCGCAGCUACCUUUUUUGCGCUUGUACUGUUGGGUCUGGCGGCCGAUGGCGAGGGUGAGGCGAGGACAGCUUUCAGCGGGGUGGAUAGAGUACGGUUAUUGAAGUGGCUGAAUAAGCUUCAGAGAAAGGAUGGGAGUUUCGGGCAAGUUUUUUGGGAUGGAAAGAUUUUGGGUGGCAGAGAUAUGAGACACAGCUAUCUAGCGAGCUGUAUUCGAUGGAUGUUGAGAGGAGAUGUGAAGGAAGGCGAUGAGGGCUGGGUGGAGGAUCUGAACAUUGAUGAAAUGAUUGCUCACAUUAACAGAGGCCAGACAUAUGACGGUGGAGUGGCAGAAUCGUCGCAGCACGAAUCCCAUGACUCGACAACACCACAUCCUCCCGAAGAGGCACUGAAACGGGGUGUCCCGAAUCGUGAUGGGCUCCUACACUUUCUCGCCUCCCGCCCCUUCGCCUACCUUGCCAAGGAAGAGGAAGAAGAUGAAGCUGAGGAAAACUUUCUCGAGUCAAAGGCCGGUGAGCUCGAUCUUGGUCACAUCGGAUUCAACGGUCGAUGGAACAAGAAGGCCGAUACGUGCUACUGUUGGUGGGUUGGCGGUACACUUGAAAUCACAGGACUUACUCGUCUUCUAGAUGUUGGGGAAUUCUAG